AGUUGUCGCAAUCCUCGAACGACAAGUCGUAGCCACAAAAAGGAUAUGAAUGCUAAUGCUCCUGCUCCCUCCUCAUCUUCGACUUCGCGUUUGGUGCAAACAAGUGAGAGCGCAACUUAUUCUACAUGUGAAUUCUUUGAAUGGGACGAUGAGGUUAUACGAAAGGUUGCUCUAGAAGAAGCUGCUGCCUCUGCCGCGGCGUCUUCAAAACAAGGAACAUCUUUGAACGCACCGGCAAGAACGAGAAGUGCUAGUAGUGGCAGAGGCACAAAUCACCAACACCAUAUUUUGAAAUCUUCCACAUCCACGAGCAACGCAGGAGGUCUUCCACUUACUUCUUCUUCGAGUUUUGGAUUUGGAAACAUCAAUUACCCGAACCCGAAUCAGACGCAGCGGCCGCAAACUGGAGUACAAGAACCCGCUCCGUCUUCUGCCUGGAAAUCGCACGGACGACACCAGCAGACGACUAGUACUACUUUCUCCUCUAUAACUUGCGACGCUGCAAGCGGAGGAUCGAGUGGCUUUCUGAGCAACAGCAGUUGUACACCAGCACAGAAAACAAGCUUUGGAUUACUUUCGAAGACAAGCUCUUCUACGUUUCUUGGUAGUGGAUUUCAAGGAAAAAGGAACCUCUAUGCGAGCUCGCAGUUAGGCGGUACUAGGGCAUUUCAGCAAUCUGCGGCAUCCGCAGUUCCAUCCGGCUCGAGCACUUCAAGAGCAGGUAACAACCUCUUCCAUCUAAGUAGUGGAGGUUCACCUGCUGUGAUGUCCAGUGAAGAAGAUGCCGCAAUUUCUGGCACUGCUUCCUCCAGUCGGGGUAGAGCCCCCAUUUCAAAUACUAACGCAGCUUUCAGUUUCAGUGGUAAUGAUCAAAUCAUAAUCCCGCGACAGCCAACAGUCGUUGCUCCCUUCGCUAAUAUGUCAACAAGUAGGACGACUGGUGGAACAGGUACAGGUUUUGGAAGAAUGGCUGGCUUCGGUUUUGGAGGUUUUGGAACUUAAUCUGUAGGUUACAACGAACUCCAUGAAUGAGGCUAGAAGCACUAAACCCUAAACCCUAAAUAUGCACCACAACAACGUAGACUAGACUAGGAUAAAUGGGGCUAGUAAAACGAGAAAGGGAGACUGACAACAGGUCAACACUCUUCAGUUCAUGAUAUUUAUAUAAAACAAUUUGUCGGGCUGCGACAUAAAACACAACUUGCACCACCUCGCGCUAGGCA